CGAGGUCCCAGCCCAGGCUCAGAAUGUAGCCGGCCGCGGGGAGCGCCCGUGCCCUCCGUGCGCCGACGGCGGCCGCGGGCCGCGGGCUGCGGCCCGCGAUGCCGGAGUCGCCGGGCGCGGCCGCAGCGGGGCCGGGCGCGGCGGGGCCAGACCUGGAGACGCAGAGCCUGGCGCGGGGCCCCGCGCAGCAGGGGAGCUACGGCGCCGCUGCUGUUGCGGGCGCGGUGGGCGCGCCGGGGAAGUGGCCGCCUGCCGCGCCGCUGCUGCUCGGCCGCUUCCCCGUGCGGCCGGAGGCCGUCUUCGGCGCCAUCGUCGGGGUCUACGCCGUCGUCUUCGCAGUGAACAUGCUGGCGGACCUGGUGUACCUCGGCUCCGUCGACGCGCGGCUCCCGCCCGGGCUCGCGGGCGACUACCCCGAGGCCGAGCGGCUGCAGUCCGUCAGGUACACCCGGCGAACGCUCGGCCUGAGCCUGCUGCACCGCGCCGCCCGCUUCUCGGCGGUGAUGGCCUUCGUCCUCUGCGGCGCCUUCUCCGGCGUCGACGCCGGCCUGCGAGCCUCGGGGCAGAGGCUGGCCGCGUUCUACGAAGACCACUGGCUCUGCGCGCCCCUCCGCGCGCUGGCUGGCUGGCUUGCCGGGGCGCUGGACCUGUGCGGCCGGCGCUGCUGCUGCUGCUGCUGCGGCUGCGGCGCGGCGCGGCGCUGUCUCGAGCGGCACAGCGCUUCGGAGCUGCUGCUCGGCAGCGUCUACCUCUCGCUCUUCACCGCCUGCCUGUUCUUGGUCUCCGCGCCCUUUCAGUACUGGGGCCAGUCGAUCGACCUAGAGUUCGGCUUCGCGAACCCGCUGACGGUGACGGACGCGAGCUUCCGCAGGUCCUUCGUCGCUGGGCUCAAGCAGGCGCUCGUGCUCGGCAUCCCCGGCAGGUUUUUCUAUCUGGCGCUGCUGCAGUUCCGCUACGGGUGGCUUGGCAUGUGGGCGGCUACGGUCGCUGUUAGCAUAGUUGUGCAGUACAAUUUCUCUUUGAUCGCUCCCGCGGUGGUUGGCAUGCGCAACCCAUUCCCGAACAAUGUGUUCGCGGUGGGGCGGGGCUUCCCCCUCGCCAGCACUUCGGACGGGGCACGGCCUUUGUAUCGCUGAACCGGAUCUAUCUGAACCGCACCGACAGCGGCCCCUCUCGGCUGCUGCUCGAGACGGACGACAGGAGCCCUGGGCAGCUGGUGCUGCGCCUCGGCAAGGGCUCGUCGCUAGUCAUCGCCGCGAAGCUCCGCAGGGGCCAGAGGCCCAGCCCCGACCCGCAGGUCUACGCCUCGGCGCCGGCGCCGAGCGGCGUGGGCGCCGCAGAGCUGCUGGGCCGAGUGGGGGAGCUCGGCUGGACCCCCGGCGGCCCCUCCGCUCGCGUGGGCGCCCGCUCUGGCAGGGACCUCCGGGAGAAGGUGCUCGGGUGGGCCCGGGAGCGCGACAUAAGCAUCGCGGAGAUCUACCUCGUGGACGGGAGCCACAGGGACGCCCGCGCCAACGCCUUCGUCGGCGGCCUCGGCACCUCCAUCAUCGGCCUCUACGACACGCUGUUCUUGGGCGCCCACGCUCGCGACGCGGAGCCCGUGGGCACAGGCGCCUCGCAGAUCCUGACGAGCGCAGACGCUGGCAUCCAGUCGCUGACCCGCCUGGUGCAGGACGUGGACCUCUCCGCGGAGGGCGGCGAGGCAGCAGCGGCCUCUGGCGCCACGCAGGCGAUGACGGAUGACGAGAUCGUCGCCAUCUUGGCGCACGAGUUGGCCCACGCGGCGCGCGGCCACCUGCACCAGAGCAUGAUGGUGUCGGCCGUCACCUCGUUUGCGACGUACGCGGCGGUGGGCUGGGCGGCGCACAGCCCUCUGCUGGCUGCGUCGCUGAUGCUGCCUGCGCCGAUGGUGCACGUCGGCGCCUGCAUCGACAGUCACCUGCUGGGCCCCCCCCUGGACUGGUUCCUGGGCCUCUUCUCGGACUGGCUCACUCGCAGGAACGAGUACGAGGCCGACGCAUACGUCGCGAGGACGAUCUCGCCGAAGUACGGGAGCGCAUUGCAGUCCGCGCUGGUGAAGCUCACAGUAAACUCCAACCAGGACCCCGACAUGCCCUCGUGGU